AUUACCAGAGCAAUUUUAUUUCACAGUGAAUAAAUGAGAUAAUGCAACCGAGAUGCUCUUGUAAAGUUUUUACUCUGUCUCUGGCUUGAAAUUCUCAUAUUUUCCUUAUCUCGCGUGAAGCUUGCUUCUUCCCUUUUUCCUUUUGCGUCGUAAAUUUUUCAAUUCUUUAUUCUUUUUCCCCCUUUAUUUCUCUCUCUUUUACUGUUUAUCCUUCUUUCUUUUCUUCUUAUGACGACUGAAUCCGUUAUACAGCCAGUUGAAGAUAGUAGGAAAGACGCUGCCACUAGUAUUGUCGCUACUACUCUUGUAGCAUCUUUCAAAAAGGGCGCUGAUCAUCCUUCGUAUGAAAAUAUGAUUACUGCUGCUAUUCUUAAUUUAAAGGAACGUAAGGGUAGCUCACGCCCAGCCAUCAAAAAAUAUAUCCUUGCCAACUACAAAAUGAAUCCUGGAAACCAAUUUGACUAUCAAAUAUCCAACGCAAUUCGUCGUGGUGUUGCGAAAAAUGUUUUUUCACUUCCAAAGGGUAAAAGAUGACUAUGAUUUUGGGAAGCUAAUGAUGUAGCUAUCUGCUGCUGGGAUGUGGGAGGAAAUGAAAAAUAGGCGUGAGCGGAAAGGCGGCGUAAGGAGAAUAUCAAGAUUCGUAUCGAAAUACAGGGAGUGGUAUGUACAGCUUCUUACUGUAUUUUAUUCACCCAUGUACAAUAGGCAGCUCCGGUGCUAUUAAGUUAGUCAAACCUGAAAAGAAAGAAGCAAAGAAGAAAGCAGCAUCAGGAUCCAGUAAGAAAAAAGAAGCCCUCAAGAAGAAGAUCGUCAAGAAGAUGUCUGCUGAAGGUAAAUCGACGACGAAGCCUAUCAACAAGAAGCUAAGAACAACUGAAACAAAGAUGAAAAAGAAAGUGGCCGUUUCACCUGCUAAGAAGGCCUUAAAGAAGAAAGUAGCAGCAACACCCAAGGCUCCUUCAAAAAAGGCUUCCAGUACUGCCACGGCUUAAUGAAGAUAUAGUUAAUAAACACGGACAUAAUGAAAUAAUG